AUGCAACAAUUGUUUUUCGUAAAUCAAAUGUUGAAACACGGAACCAGUAAAUUAAAAAUAAAGUGAUAUUUAGUUAUUGCAUAUACAAGAAAAAAAGAGAAAGUGCAUUGUUCACGAAUUCCAUGUUCAUUUAAAAAUAAGUGUAAUAUAAAUAUAUAUUCUUCAGAGUAUCUCAAGUUCAUAUUUUUCGAACAUCAAGCACGAAGGAUGUCAAGCAAAUUACAUUGGCCUCGAAAUAGGAAUCGAGUGAUUUUGUUAUUUUUACUCUUUUUUAAAUUCAUCGGUCUUGCGACGUUCUCCUUAAAAACUCAAACAGUUUCGAAGAAAAAGUGCUCGAGAAACGUGCCCGUAUUUUUUACCAGGUCUAAACUUGGAGUAUUUUACAAUUUGAUUUGGAGUUGUCUAGUAAUCGCGUCGAAUUUCAUCACAAUACCAAUGUUAUACGUCAUGGAAUAUGCCUUCAAAACAAUUAUAACACAAAUAUUCGAAAUUUCUCAAGCGUUGAUGGGUACUUUCGUAAUUUCCUGGAUCUUAAUAUGUUAUUGUAUAAACGAGGCAGCUUUCGUAAAAGUCGGAAAUUAUGUAAUUUGUCUUGAGGAUGCUUUAUGUCGAUUGCAACAACCGCUCAAUUGGAAACACAUUUUUUACGUUUUAUUUUUUGUUUAUUUGUCAUUCUUGGGUUUGUUUCUUGCUCUUCUGAUUACUGAACUUAUAUGUUUUAACAAUCCUAUUUCAAUCGUCGCAGAUAUCUUACCCAUAACUUUUAUGGGAUUUUUUUUUAUUCAAUAUUUCUCUUUGGUUACUUUAACGAAUGCAAUUUCUGUAAAUGUAAAUUGCGCUAUACAAGACCUUGGUCGAACUAAGUUCAAUAAUACUGCGUUUUAUCAGGCUCGACAUAUGUUUAUUAGCUCUUCGAUGAUUCAUCUUGUUGUCCAAAUUCGAGACAUUCACGAUCAGCUUUAUGAUAUUUCCAAUGAAAUUUCACGAAUAUAUUCUUUGCCUACUCUUUUUGCACUUCCUUUUACGUUCUUCGUGUUGUUGUACAAUGUUUAUUACCUUUUCGGACCGAUCACGGUUCAAAAUGUAGCAACAAAUUUGACGAUCCUGCUAAAUUCCGUGCUUUGGAUAAUUUUCAUAUUGUAUCCUCUUGAUUCUUAGUACGGUGAUCACGUAUAUGGUAAUUUUGCUUCAAUUUCAAAUGGCAAAUUCAAAUACUUGUCCUUGCAAUUGCACACAACAAUCACUGUGA